AUGCCUCGCUCCUUCCUCGUGAAGAAGGUGAAACUAGAUGAUUUCUCAUCUGCCGAUCUUGAGGGCCCCUAUGUCCGGUCGCGAGCCACCAACCUCAGCCUACGUUUUCACGAAAAAGGCUACAUCAGUGAGUACCUGCCCGAAUAUGAUGGCGAGAACGACCACGUCGUCACGGCAAUCACCUCCCCCCUCUACGCCCGUCUCCACGGCGACUCCGAGCCCCCUGACAGCCCCGCCUCCGAGACCUCGUCCAGCACCGACCACGGCCACGGGUCAUCCGUUACCGACAGCUACGGCCUGGACUCCUUCCUCAUCAGGGACGGUCGCUCGCGGCAACGGCGGGUCGCCGCCGGCACUCAGAGGCACACCUGCGGAGAAUGUGGGAGGAGCUACGCCACGUCCUCCAACCUGAGCCGCCACAAGCAGACGCACCGCAGCGCCGACAGCCAGCUGGCCAAGCGAUGCCCCACCUGUGGCAAGGUGUACGUCUCCAUGCCCGCCCUCUCCAUGCACCUGCUCACCCACGACCUCCAGCACAGGUGCCAGGUGUGCGGCAAGGCCUUCAGCCGGCCCUGGCUGCUGCAGGGCCACAGCCGGUCCCACACGGGGGAGAAGCCCUUCUGCUGCGCCCGCUGUGGCAAGACGUUCGCCGACCGCUCCAACCUGCGCGCCCACAUGCAGACGCACUCGGCCCUCAAGAUGUACAAGUGCAAGCGGUGCCACAAGACCUUCGCCCUCAAGUCCUACCUGACCAAGCACUACGAGUCGGCCUGCCUCAAGAGCUCCUUCUCUCCCCCCUCCUCCCCCUCCUCCCCCUCCUUCUCCCCACUCAGCUCUCUCGGUGAUUGA